UAUUAUAUUUGUUUAGUUUGUUCUAAGUGUUUCCACUCGCCUUUUUAUAUUGCGAAUGAAUGCAAAGGGCCGGCAUCACUGUGCAAGGAACCAGCUGUUCGUUAUUCAGCUCUCGGAGCUAGUGUUUAUCAGUGAACAAACAAAUUGCUCGCUGGAGUUUUUGCAAUAACAAAUUAAAACCUUGAAAAGUCAUCCACCGCACAUCUUAGUUACUAAAAUUUGUCUAUCUUAAAUCGGUUCGCAAAGUAAAGCCUGCUUGCUAUCCAAUAUUUAAGAAGCAAUUUGACAGCCAAAUUUGACUAGUAACUAAGUCAGUAAUUGAAUGCAAGAUGGAGGAACCUGCCGAGGUUCCUAUAGUAGACGGCCUCAUAGUACCUAAGCAGGAAAUACUGGAUGAGUUAGAUAUCAAUGAUGACUGCGUUGACAGCAAGGACUUUAUCAUACCCAAAAAAGAACUAUGCGAAUCCAAUCCGAACUCUGAUACAGAUGAGAAAAACUCCAUGGACAUGUUUCGCCCCAUUAAAACAGAAACAACAUUAAGUAAAGAAAUAGUCCACUUCCAAAAAAUCAAAAAGUCACCUGAUAAUGAAGAAUCAAAUAUGAAUACGGAUGUUUCUUCGCAAACUAUUGCAAUAGACAUUAAAGUUGAACCGGUUGAUGAGGCGAGUGUUCCCGCAGAGAGUUCUACAACACCUGGCGCUACUUUGUCGAAGUCCCGUGACAUCAAAUCCGCUCCACUAACUUCGAAAAAUGUUGGCGACGCGAAUUCUAAAACCAAAAGUACUUUAGCAGUGCGUAAAGUGUUUCACACCGGUGAUAAACUGCUUGCUAGUGAGCGCAGUAAUCAGGAACUGCUUGCUAGUGAACGUGCAAAGCAGGAACCGCUUAAUAGUGAGCUAUGUGAGCGUCAAGUUCACAGUAGGAAACCUCAUAAGUGCAACCUUUGUAGUAUGAAAUUUGCGCACAAAAGCCGCUUAUCAGCUCACAUGUUGACGCACACCGGUGAAAAACCUUUCGAAUGUAAGCUGUGCGAUAUGAAAUUCACGCACAAAAAUGGCGUAACUGUCCACAUGAGAACGCACACUGGCGAGAAACCGUACGAGUGUAAGUUCUGCAGUAUGAAAUUCGCGCAACGAGGCUCUUUGACGUACCACACGAGAACGCACACUGGUGAGAAGCCAUUCAGUUGUACACACUGCGACAUGAGAUUCGCGAGAAGAAAUUGUCUCACUGAACAUCUGUUGACGCAUACUGGCGACAAACCAUUUGAAUGUAACCUUUGUUUGAAGAAGUUUGUGCGUAAAACACGCUUCACAACUCAUAUGUUGACGCACACUGGCAAGAAAAAUGACGCUGUUGAUACUUGUGUACAAACAAACGAGAGAUCUGAUGAUCUGGACAUUUCUGAUGUGAAAAAAGAAUGGGAGGUGCCCAUAGUGUUUAAGUGAAAUCUAUUUGGUCCGCCAACGAAAAAGAAACAUGGAAGUCUGCUCAAGAAUAGCCCAACGAAAACAUAGCCUCGUUGGGAGGGGCUUAAAAAGUGUGCCCCGCAAGCGUUUAGUUCGCUUGUCACGCUUGUCGCGUGAUGUUCCGUGCUACUUGAACUACAGUAGAAUCACGUCCUCUUUGGCGUGGCGGUGAGCGCUGUGAAUUUAAGUAGGUGGUGCUGGGUUUCGAUUCUCGGCAGGGACAAAUUGGGACUUUAUGAUUUCGGAAUUUUCUCUGGUCUGGUCUGGUGGGAAGCUUUGGCUGUUGCUAGUUACCACCCUACCGACAAAGACGUGCCGCAAAGCGAUUUAGUGUUCCGGUGCGAUGUCGCGUCGACCGAUUAGGGGUAAGACUAGCAUACUUCCUAACAGGUUAGCCCGCUACCAUUUAGACUGCAUCAUCACUUAUAAGGUGAGAUCCAGUUCAGGGCUGACGUACACGUUACAACAAAAAAAAACAAGAAUU